CUGCUGCCGUGGAUCUGGAGGGUUGUGUUGUUGGUGUGGAGUGAUUCCUGUUCUCCAGUCAUUGGGAUGCAAGCGUGAAACCAAUUCUGGCAUUUCAGCGUUUGCGCCAUUGGUGGAGCAGUUAGCUCCUCCUGCCGGUGCGUCUCUUCCCCUCUUGGACUCCUUUAGACUGUAGAGCCCCAGCCCGGCCGGCUUCGUGGGCUGAGAAAGAACACUCUACUCUUUGACUUGCUCCUGGAAUCAGCCAGGAAAAACCCAGUUUGUGUAAGUCAAAGGAGAAGGGACAGCAAGAAUGUCAGCCCUUAACUGGAAGCCAUUUGUCUACGGAGGUCUGGCCUCCAUCACAGCUGAAUGUGGCACAUUCCCCAUUGAUUUAACCAAGACACGGCUUCAGAUUCAAGGCCAGACAAAUGACGCCAACUUUAAAGAAAUUAGGUAUCGAGGAAUGUUGCAUGCAUUGGUGAGAAUAGGCAGAGAAGAAGGGCUGAAGGCUCUGUAUUCAGGGAUUGCCCCCGCCAUGCUACGCCAGGCUUCCUAUGGCACCAUCAAGAUAGGCACUUACCAGAGCUUGAAGAGAUUGUUUGUUGAACGCCCAGAAGAUGAAACCCUACUGAUCAAUGUCAUAUGUGGAAUUCUCUCUGGUGUCAUAUCCUCAGCCAUUGCUAAUCCAACGGAUGUUUUGAAAAUACGAAUGCAAGCACAAAACAGUAAUAUUCAAGGUGGAAUGAUAGGCAACUUCAUUAACAUUUACCAGCAGGAAGGGACGAGAGGACUGUGGAAGGGUGUGUCCCUUACGGCUCAAAGGGCUGCUAUUGUUGUUGGUGUGGAGCUGCCAGUCUAUGACAUCACCAAGAAGCAUCUGAUUCUCUCAGGCCUGAUGGGAGACACUGUGUAUACCCACUUCCUCUCAAGCUUCACCUGUGGUCUGGUGGGGGCCCUGGCCUCAAACCCUGUUGAUGUUGUGAGAACCCGUAUGAUGAAUCAGAGAGUUAUUAGAGAUGGCGGAUGCUCUGGCUACAGGGGUACCCUGGAUUGCUUGUUACAGACAUGGAAGAAUGAAGGUUUUUUUGCUCUAUAUAAAGGGUUUUGGCCAAAUUGGUUGAGACUUGGUCCUUGGAAUAUCAUUUUCUUUGUGACAUAUGAACAGCUGAAGAAAUUGGACUUGUGACAAGUGAGGGCUACACAAGACAUCUGUCUGAAAAUGCUAACUUCUGCAAUGGUAGAGCUUCCUGUGUUUCACUCUGCUUCUCACUGCUCAGCUCAUCACAGAUUCUGGGAUGGCAGCAACAGAUGAAGAAGGCUGGGGUGGUUCAGACUGCUGCUGUUGGCAUCGGACGCUCUUCAUCCGUGUUUAAUGGCCUAAAUUGUAACAUCCAAACACUAGUCCUUACCAUUUAAGUGCCCUUCAACUUCAAAGAUAAUACACAAAGAAAUUUUGCAAGAAAAUCAGGUACCAUGUGCUGUUUUCUUCAGGGAGAGCAGCUUCUGCUUCCUCUCAGCUUAUAGCUGCAGAUGUCUGCUGCUUUAAAACAGCUCAUGGAAAUGAUGCAGUGGAGCCUCCAAGACAGUGUUAUUGUUCCUGAAGUGCUGGGAGCUUUUGCUUCUCGGCAGCUGAAGACAUUUCAUGCAUGGAGACCUGGACUUGUUAACCCCAGGAAUAGACAGUGGAGGAAAUAGAUCCUUGGGAUAUUGCACUGCUCUAUAAUCUCCUAUCUUUUCUGGAUCUUUCACUUAUAAUAAGUGAUUUUAAAUCAUUGAAGACUUGACCUUUGUGAGGAAUUGUUACAGUGUAAUAAUACCAGUGCUGUGUUGGCUUCCAAGGUUAUAAGGUCUGUGGGUGGGAGAUGUUUUCAAGUGCUUGCCUCCUGUUUUAGGUAAUGUGAGUAAUUUGCUCUGUGAUUUUGGGCAAAAUUUAUGACUUCCCAAUCUAGAAAAGGGAAUAAUUAUAUCUAAUGAUGUUGGGGUCAAAUGAAGAAAAAAGAGCAGGUGUUGCUAUGUGGCCUGAAGUGAAGUAUGUUUACAUCAUGUUGAAGCUCUAAUCUCUAAACAGUCUGCGGAUUCGAAGAAAGUCAUAUUACCAUGGGCUUCUCACAGUAAUCAUGAGUGAAGCCCUUUGUUAAAAAAGAAGAACAUAUAAAUGAAGGUUUAUCUUAACAGAAUGUUGCUAGUGAACUGAGUUGAUUUUUCCAAUUUCUAGCUUUUACUUUUAGUUCAUGUCAUGUUUGUUAAAAUGUUUCCUGCCUUAGACUUCCUAGUUAGUGUGGAUGGAAAAUACUUGCUUGAAAUUUUUUAGAUUUUUUUUUUUUUUUUUUUUGUGAUGCUGGGGAUUGAACCCAGGACCUCAAAGACAGCUGAAGAAGACAUUUCAUGCAUGGAGAAUCCAUAUCCCCAGCCCAAAAUAGUUUCUUUAGUGUACCUGUUUAUCUCAUUUCCAAUAAAAGGUACAUGACAUUUUCCUUUUUUCUUUUUUUAGUGCUAUAGUAAAUCAUUCUCCUUCCUUCUCGUCUUCACUGUAUUUUCAAAACAAAAGUGUCCCUCAGAGCCCCAAGAAUUUUCUGUUUCUAGAAGAUAGCCUAAGAAAGGGGGUUGGAUCCUUUCUGGUUCAACCUUUAAGAACCAUAUUAAAUUCUAACUUGGGCUCCAGGGCAGGCCAUUUCUACAGAAUGUGCCAGAGAGAUUUCCAGUUUGUCUAGCCCCAUGACUCCUUCCUCCUUGGAAGAGAGGGAAUAUGAGUUUUCUUGAAGGAUCAGGCAAUUUUCCUCCAAGCCAUUUUUACCUUGUCGUCUUUAUUAGAAAACAUUUUGGAAACAGAAAUUGGAAAACAUUUUGUGAAACAGAAUUUUAUCUUCAAAAGUAAAAGUCAUUUAAAAAAAAAAAAAACACACAAAAAUCAAGGAAAGAAAAAAGGUCAUUGAUGGUUUGUAGGUAUUGACUACCUAGACCAAGAUGAAAGGCCACAUGCCCCUGGCUUCACUAGAUGGCAGCAGAGGACCCUGAACUGUCUGCAGGCACUGAAUGUUAUCUUAUAGGAGAUUUUUUCUCCUUAGCGGACAUUCCAUUAAUGUGAGAGACUUCUGUAGAGAGACUUUCACCUUUGAGUUGAAAAGAUUGCUUUUCUCAAACCACUCUUUGUUUAAUGUUGAAAAAAUUUUAUUUUUUAAAGCACGUAAAAUUUCUAAAAUGGAAACAAGUUGUUUUGAAAACCAUAUAGAGUGAAUGUCGGACAAUCUGUCAUUAUUAUACAUUUAUUCAAAUUAUAUGUGUCCCUACCAGGUGAAAGGAAAUCAAAACCUCAUGUAUAAGACAAAAAUGUAGCAUAGGUUUAUUAAGUGCCUUAUAGAACAGGAUCCUAACCUGCUUUUUUUUUUCAGUCUUCUCUUUCUUAAUUAUGAAAGUUAAUGCAAUUGUGGAAGCGUCUAACCACGAAACAACUUAAGGAACUGGGAGGCUUGAUCCCCUUAUUUUCAGGGGAUGAUCACUAGUCCCCACCCCUUGGAUGUUGCUUACGAAUGGCAAAAGAAUUUCUAGUUUUUAUAACCAAGUUGAAGAAAAUGUUUUUGUAAGCUUAUGGAUUUGUGUAAUUUGAUGCUAAAUGUUGCUGAUCUGUCAUAUAAAAAAUGGCUCCUGUUCUUCAUAUUUAUUCAUGUGCUAGAAAUAGUAUUCAUUAUUCAAAGAGUAUACACGUCACAAGUAUCUAUAUCUCAAGCUCUUUAUUUAAAUGUUGUUGGAAUAUGUAGUGUAAAUCUUUUGUUUCAUUUAUUUAAUAAAUUAGAGUAAUAUAUAAUAACAAAA